AAUAGAAGAUAUUUGUAACGCACUUGAAAUUUAUACUGUUUUAUAAAUUAUCUUUUUUCUUUCUAAAAGUCGUCGUCUUUUCACAAUAUGCGAAUUGUUAAUCGUGUUAUCAAAAAAUACAAGAUGGAAGACGUGGUUGAAGGUCUAAAAUUAGUUCGCAGUAAAAUCAUCACUGCAUCUGCUAAACGAGAUCCGGAAUAUGCCUAUUUUGAACCUCGUUUAGUAGCUGUAAGCAAAAUUAAACCUCCAGAGCUGAUUGUUGCGGCUUAUGAGGCUGGUCAAAGACAUUUUGGAGAGAAUUAUGUUAAUGAAUUAAAAGAUAAAGCAUAUGAUUUAUCUAUCACUGAAAAAUGCAAAGAUAUUCGAUGGCAUUUUAUUGGACAUUUACAAAAAAAUAAAGUGAACAAAAUUAUAUCCAUACCAAAUUUAUAUAUUAUUGAAACAGUUGAUAGCAAAUCGAUUGCAAAUGCACUCAAUAACGCAUAUUCAAAAAUAUGUGAUGAUAAUUCAAAAUUGAAAAUUAUGGUACAAGUGAAUACAAGUAAAGAAGAAGCAAAAAAUGGUUGCAAAGUAGAAGAAUUAUCAGAACUUGUGGAAUAUAUUUUAAACACCUGUAAUCAAUUGGAAUUUACUGGUAUUAUGACAAUAGGUGCGUACGGAUACGAUGUAUCAAACGGUCCAAAUCCAGAUUUUCUACGUUUGAAAAAAUGUAAGGAAGAUCUAUGUAAAGAUUUAUGUCUUGAUAAAAAAAAAGUGGAACUUUCUAUGGGAAUGUCUACCGAUUAUGAACAUGCGAUAUUACUUGGGAGUUCAAAUGUCAGAGUGGGUACUGCUAUAUUUGGUGAGAGGCCGAAGAAGGAUGGUCAAUAAUAUGUAGUAUGUCUCUCAUAUCCCAAGUUGAUAGUGCAGCAGUGAAAACUUCUUCUGGGUCCAUUUCACUUACUUUUUUUCUAUUAAUAAAUUUUAAAUAUGUCAUGUAUAAAA